CUACCUUGUUUAAUACAUUUCAUUUAUUCUAUUAAACUUUUAUGGUGCAAAAAAAUCAAAAAUAUAUAAAAUUCCAAUAUUUAUAUAUAUUGUGAUCAAAACUGCAAUAAAAUAUUCAGCGGAGGUAUAUUCCAGACUCAUAGGAGACUAACCCUUCUCCAAAACAGAGUCGACCGUCACUUCAAACGGGAAAUCACAAUUUUUUUGCCUGGCGACAUAACACACAAAUCAAUCAACAUAAAAGAUGGAUUUGCUAGGAUCCAUACUAAAUGCAAUGGACAAGCCACCCACGGCCAAUGAAGAACAAAAGAAAUUACUUAAACGCCAAAAAGAAAUGGCAGAACGCAUAAAAAACAAACAAAAAGAAGAGCUAUUGCGAUUCAGAAAAUUCGUUGAGGAACGAGUGGGUAGAUUUGCAAAAGACGAUCGUCCUCAUAUUGAGUUUCAACCUUUGGAUAAGGUACAUCGUUCCAUAAUACAUGAGGUGGCGGAAUAUGGUGGAUUCAUAUGCAUGAGUUUUGGCUGUGAAGAUGUUGAUCGCUAUUCGGUGGUCUAUAAAAAAGAAAAUGCUCCGACAGAAGAUGAGAUAGCAGCACGUCGAAAUGGUGAUGGUUGGAAUGAAGAAGUGGCCAAAGAGUAUGCCGAAAGGCGGCAAAAACAAAAAGAGAUAGAAGAACAAAAAAGACUGGCUCGUGCUUCCGUACAAAAUUCUCCACCAUCCACAUCUGCUAGCCAAACAACUAACAACAACAGCAAUAGCCCCAAUAGUACUGGUCGAAAUAACGCCUCCAAAGAAACCGAGAUUAAACCUACAUUUAAUUAUAAAGACAAGUAUGCUCAUCUUAUUGGUCAAGAGGCAGCCUUGGAGGCUGCCCGAAAGACUGAAACAAAUGCUACCUAUGGUUUCGUGCCGAGUAAAAAUAAGAAGGAUGUUCGUUCCAUAGAACAAACGUUGGCUGAUAUUCAGGCAAAGAAAAGGCUUAAACUACAGCAACAACAAGAGCAACAGCAGCAAAAAGAGCAUGACGAGGGGCAACAUGCUAAUGCUGAGCCGCCGGCGUCGGUUACAUCAGCAGCAUCAGUACCAAAUUCACAUUGAUUUUUAUAAUCGAAAAAAAUUAGUUCCUAUCUGUGUAAGGAAGAAUGUAUGGAAAGUGAAAAGCGCAACAUUGGGACAUGGGGCAAUUUAGUCAUUGUUUCCUUCUGAAAAAAAUAUAAAAUUGUUUUACAAGUAUUCCUUAAAUUGAAGUUAUGCUAUGGGUGUCUUUUUGAUGAAUUGAAGAAAAACUCCCAAUAACCAUAUUCUAUAUUUAAUAACAUAUUAAAAAAGUCUAGAAAGACUAUCUCCUGAAAACUUAUAUACUUUAGGAGUUCAUAACUUUAUAACUGUAAAAUAUUUAUAUAGGUAUCUAAAAAAAAGAAUUUAUGGGUACAGUUUUUCAUCAUAUCAGAAAAUUUUAAACGUUUGGUCACAGAUGGAUUGAGGCUUUUGAAUUAAUUUGUUUACAAAAAUAGUCGUAAAUAUUUUACUAGAGCCUUAUGAGGUUCACGGCUAUACCACUUCUAAAAUGCCAUAUAAUUAAAAAAAACUCUGCUGGAAAAUCCCAAAAUUUCCUACACAUACAAAUAAUAAUGUAAUUUAUAAAAAAAGAACCUUUUUCUUUGAACUUUGCUCUGUUCCAGAACCUGCAAGAAUGUAACACUGUUACGACAAUAACCAAUUUUUCCUUUAUGAUAUCAAGAAAAAUGUAGUAUCUGGAAAAAUGUAGUAUCUAAAGUAUUUACAGAUUUCCUUUGUCUUUCCUUAUCUUGAAAUUUGUUUAUAGUGACUCCCAUGACAAAUAUCCGUUAUUCAAUUUCCUACAUUCUUCGAACUCUUAGGUAAUAACAAAAAGGCCAUAUACAUAUUUCAUUUUUAAAUAUAAACCUAAAAUAGUUAACAACAGAUUGCAAUUCAAAAACAAAUUAUAUUUCAGUACAUUUAAAACAUUUAAAUGUUAUGUCCGAAUAACCAAAUACUCUGUGGUCCCUAUUUGUUUUUUAAUUAAAAAUAUUUCAUGGUUUCACAAUCAAACAAUGCGUUUGCAAUAAGUUUUCGAAAAGAGCGCUCUGCAAUAUUUUUACUCCCAUGGGAUAAUUGUUAAUUGUUGUUAAUUUUGACAAACAAAACUAAAAAUAUACAUAAUAUUGUAUGAAUUGAAAAAGCAAGGAAAUACACAAUGUUUCUAUAUUUAAGAUAUUUCGUUAAUAGUUUAAUUUAAAUGACAACAACAAAAACUACAAAUCUUUUUAGUUCAUUUUAAGUUGUGUAUAUCAUUCUUUUUUUCCUAGUUUAUAUUAUAAGGAUUUUUGUUUAUUUUCUCUUUCAAGAGAUUUUUUAAUGGUAUCUUAAAAUAUUAAUUUUAAAAAAAUAUCAAAUAUGUUUCUAGACGAUUUAUUUUAGCUUGUACCACAACCACUAUUCAGUGAAAGCAAAAAACAAAAAAUAAAUAAAUUUUAAAACGUUGUAAGAAAAGA